GUCUUGAAUAACCAUGAGUAACCCUUUUGUACGGAUUGUGGAGCCACUGGACCCUAAACAGCCUCUGAAAAAGUUCUUUAAUCUGAGCAAGUUGGAAGAUGUGAGAUACGCACGCCUGCCGUUUUCUAUUCGAGUCCUCUUGGAAGCAGCUGUCCGUAACUGUGAUGAGUUCCUGGUGAAGAAGGGAGAUGUUGAGAAUAUUCUCAACUGGAAAGUGGUGCAACACAAGAAUGUUGAAGUGCCAUUUAAGCCUGCAAGAGUUAUUCUGCAAGACUUCACUGGGGUGCCUGCUGUGGUUGACUUUGCUGCAAUGCGUGAUGCUGUGAAGAAACUUGGUGGGGACCCUGAAAAAAUCAAUCCUAUCUGUCCUGCAGAUCUAGUGAUAGAUCACUCCAUCCAGGUUGAUUUUAACAGGAGAUCAGACAGCUUGCAAAAAAAUCAGGACCUGGAAUUUGAAAGGAACAAAGAAAGGUUUGAGUUCUUAAAGUGGGGCUCUCGGGCUUUUAAAAACAUGAGGAUUAUUCCACCGGGCUCUGGGAUCAUCCACCAAGUGAACCUGGAGUACUUGGCAAGAGUGGUGAUGGAUCAGGAUGGCUACUACUAUCCAGACAGUGUGGUGGGCACUGACUCGCACACCACCAUGAUCGACGGCUUGGGGGUGCUCGGCUGGGGUGUCGGUGGCAUUGAAGCAGAAGCAGUGAUGUUGGGCCAGCCAAUCAGCAUGGUGCUUCCUGAGGUGGUUGGCUAUAAGCUGCUAGGAAACCCUCAGCCACUGGUAACAUCCACUGACAUUGUGCUCACCAUUACCAAGCACCUUCGCCAAGUUGGAGUCGUGGGUAAAUUCGUGGAGUUUUUUGGUCCUGGUGUAGCCCAGCUGUCAAUUGCUGACCGAGCCACUAUUGCCAAUAUGUGUCCAGAGUACGGAGCAACAGCUGCCUAUUUCCCAGUGGAUGAUAUUAGCAUUGGGUACCUCAUACAAACUGGCCGUGAUAAAGAGAAAGUUAUGUGCACAAAAAAAUAUCUUGAGGCUGUGGGAAUGCUAAGAGAUUUCAAGAACUCCUCUCAGGAUCCAGACUUCACACAGGUUGUUGAGUUGGAUCUCCAUACUGUUGUGCCUUGCUGCAGUGGACCAAAAAGACCUCAGGACAAAGUUGCUGUGUCAGAUAUGAAAAAGGACUUUGAGACUUGUCUGGGAGCCAAGCAAGGGUUCAAGGGAUUCCAAAUUGCCCCAGACCGACACAACAGUGUAGUCAAAUUUAAUUUUGAGGACUGUGACUUCGAGCUUGGUCAUGGUUCAGUAGUGAUUGCUGCCAUUACAAGCUGUACAAACACCAGCAACCCCUCAGUUAUGUUGGGAGCAGGAUUGCUUGCUAAGAAAGCUGUAGAAGCUGGUUUGACAGUGAAGCCAUACAUUAAAACUAGCCUGUCCCCAGGAAGCGGGGUUGUCACUUACUAUCUGAGGGAGAGUGGAGUUAUGAGUUACCUUUCGCAACUAGGGUUUGAUGUGGUGGGUUAUGGCUGUAUGACAUGUAUUGGCAAUAGUGGACCCCUACCAGAGUCUGUUGUUGAGGCCAUUACACAGGGAGACCUUGUAGCGGUGGGUGUGUUGUCUGGCAAUAGGAACUUUGAAGGACGUGUCCAUCCGAACACCCGUGCUAACUACCUUGCCUCCCCACCACUGGUGAUAGCCUAUGCAAUUGCAGGGACUGUCCGGAUCGACUUUGAGAAUGAGCCUUUGGGAAUAAAUGCUUCAGGGAAGAAGAUUUUCCUGAAAGAUAUCUGGCCAACAAGAAAUGAGAUUCAGGCUGUUGAGCGUCAGUUUGUUAUUCCUGGGAUGUUCAAGGAGGUCUACCAAAAAAUAGAGACAGUAAACGAAUCUUGGAAUGCCUUAGAUGCUCCUUCAGAUAAACUAUAUACUUGGAAUCCCAAGUCAACUUACAUCAAGUCUCCACCUUUCUUUGAUGGUCUGACUCUGGCUCUUCAGACCCCAAAAACAAUAGAAGAUGCUUAUGUCUUGUUGAGUUUUGGAGAUUCUGUGACAACUGACCACAUAUCUCCAGCUGGGAAUAUAGCAAGAAAUAGUCCUGCAGCCCGUUAUUUGACCAGCAGAGGCUUGACUCCUCGAGAGUUCAAUUCUUACGGCUCUCGCAGAGGGAACGAUGCUGUCAUGGCCAGAGGAACAUUUGCAAACAUUCGCUUGGUGAACAAAUUUAUUGAUAAACAAGGACCCCAGACUGUCCAUUUCCCUUCUGGGGAAAUUCUGGAUGUGUUUGAUGCUGCAGAAAGAUACAAGCAGGCUGGCCAUCCUCUGAUUGUGCUGGCUGGGAAGGAAUACGGUGCAGGAAGUUCCAGAGACUGGGCAGCUAAAGGACCAUUCCUCUUGGGUGUUAAGGCUGUGCUUGCUGAAAGCUACGAGAGAAUUCAUCGAAGCAACCUGGUAGGGAUGGGAGUGAUUCCUCUGCAGUAUUUACCAGGAGAGGAUGCUGGCGUUUUAGGACUCACUGGACGGGAGCGUUACACUAUUGUCAUUCCUGAAAAACUAAAACCACAGAUGAACGUCCAGAUUAAGCUGGAUACCGGGAAAACCUUUCAGGCUGUCAUGAGAUUUGACACUGACGUGGAGCUCACUUACUUCCACAAUGGCGGCAUUCUGAACUACAUGAUCCGUAAAAUGGCAUCCUAAUAAAAAACAGUAAACAAAAACGUCCAGGUACAAGCCUGCUUCUGGUGAGCACAAUAAAAUUAUGGUAAUCAUAAAUUUUAAAGCAUGAACCAUAAAGUGAA